CUUUUUUCCUUUUUUUUUUUUUACUUUAUUCUUUUCUCUUACUAGUCUCUUUUUUUUUCUCUUACCUGUUUUUAUAUACACAUAUAUUAUAUUCUUCAUUAUUAUUAUGGGUGAUGCUUUAUGUAUGGUAAUGGUACCUCCUACUAGUCACGAAUCCCAUGGUCAAGAAUCGAAUGUAGGUACUCCCAAUACUACAACAACAGCAACAACAGGAUCAAGUUUUCGUCGAUCUCUCAACUUAUCACACGGUGCUUUUGGAUUGAGAAGAUUCUCAAGAUCCAUAUCUCAUGAACCAAGUGAAACUCCCGUUACAGAAAAUAAUAGCAGACGAAGAUCAACAAUCUCUACAAUGACAGCUCAAGCAAAUAAUACUCUUCAUGUCCGAAUUGUACCUAGUAUUGAAAACCCAAGUCGUAGCUUAAUAUUUGAUAUCUUUGAACGUGAAUUGCAACCAGCAGUAUACAUCAAGAUUGGACGCUUCACUGACCGAUCUCAAUCACCUACUCAUAUGUCUUUCAAGAGCAAAGUAGUAUCAAGAUCUCAUUGUGAAAUAUGGAUGGAAGAUGGCAAGCUAUUUGUUAGAGAUACUAAGUCAUCCUCUGGUACUUUUGUCAAUCAUAUUCGUAUCAGUCCUCCUAAUCAAGAAAGUCGACCUUACGAAAUCAAAGAUGGUGAUAUUGUGCAAUUAGGUGUAGAUUAUCAAGGUGGUGUAGAAGAAAUAUAUCGGUCCGUCAAGAUGCGAUUUGAAGUCAAUAGAACAAGAAGACAAAGACCUCUCUCAUUCAAUAUGACAGCCUUUCAAAAUAUCCGGAAUCUGACUGAUUCAAAUUAUGAAGCAUGCCAAGGAAUGGAUCAAGUGGAAGAGUGUUGCAUUUGUUUAUAUGCCUUGGCUCCAUAUCAAGCUCUUUUCGUUUCACCAUGCGCCCACACGUAUCAUUACAAGUGCAUUCGACCUUUACUUCAAAGCUAUCCUGGAUUUCAAUGCCCAAUUUGUCGAACCUAUUCUGAUUUGGAUGCCAACAUUAAUAUGGAAUCUCAUGAAGUCAUAGAAAAGUAUGGAUUGCGACGACAAUCUACUAUUAUCGAUCCAACGGCAACCAUGUCUUGCGUCACUACAACCAACGAUACUCAACAGCAAUCUGAACAAAAUAUAUCUCAACAACUUCCAACUAUUACUGAUCAGCAAAUUUCAAACACUUCAGCCUCAUCUGCACCUCAGCCUAUAAACGAAUCUUACAACGUGGAUGAUGACAUGGCUCCUUUGGCCAAUUUGACCACUAUGGACUAUCAAAAUCUAUCAACCAAUCAUCAUUCUAAUGCUUCUGGAUUUGUGGAAAAGUUGAAGAUGGCAUUUUUUGAAAAAAGGAAAUCAUCCAUUAUUGUGGCACCACGAGAACGGAAACGAACCAAUCGACCCCGGCCUUUGUCUUAUCCCAACUUUUUACGCCCAAGUCAUAUUGAUGAUAGUCACACAGACGAUGAUGACUCUGACGAUGAUGACGAUGAUGUUCUACAACGAUCCGAUAUUUCCAACGCAUCAUCUUCCUCACCUGCUUCCCCGACCAUAACCCAUCUACUUCAACAGCAUCAACAACAUCAACAACAUCAACAUCAACAACAACAACAACAACAGCAACAAAAUAAUAGUACUAGUAUGGCAUCUACGGCAAAUCACAGUCUCUCUCGACAAUCAACCGCUCAUUUGGCAGAAAUAGAAGAAGAAGAUGAAGUUCCCUGGCAUCAACAUUUUAAUCAAUAUCAACCUAUGUCUGUCGAUGGAUGAUCUGUUUUUUUUAUUAUUAUUAUUCCCGUGAAUGAUAGUUAGUUUAGUUACUUCUCAUUAUUCUUUAUAUUCCCCUCUUUUAUAUGUAUACAAGCUAUGAUGUUCCCUCAGCUUUAUAAGCCUAAAACACACACUCACACAAACAAACAUCAACUAUUUUUAUUGUAAUACUCUCUGUCGUUUUUUUUUCUUUUUUCUUUUUUAUAUUGUAUUGCUAUGUAAUAAACUGGUUUUUUCCAUGUUCGUUUAUUUUUUUUUUCUGCGUUAUGGUUAG